GGCAGUAAUGCCGGUGUUUCUUCUAACGUUAUUGUUAUCACUUAUCAGUCGUCUACUGGCCGCCACUAGUUUAUGAAUCUCAAUAAAAUCCGAGAUAAUUUUUUGUGAUUAGUUCCGUGUGUUCACAUGUGCCAUGUCUUCGAGUUCGAAUAACAACACGAAAAUUAAAAGUAAACAGUUUGAAAAGGUCUUUAAAAUACGCAAUUCUCCAUUGACGGACCGCUUUGAAAACAGUGAAGAUAUCAAAACAAUUUAUAAUUUGUUCGCUAUAAUUCUUAUCAGCUUGUUGACCAACACUGUAAUACAUGAUUACUCUAAGACCGGCCAGUUACAUUUCGGGUUGAGGCUCAUUGUGAGAGGAUUUAAUAAAUUUGGCUGGGUUGUGGUCAUUUGGGCUAUUUUCAAUAUUUUGGCCUUCGUGCUAUACAGCGUGUUCAAGUUCUGGGCCAAAAUUUAUCUACUUUUACAACCAAAAACCCAAAAAUUCUGGAACCGAAUAUGGAUCACAAUCCUGACUUUAUACUACAUCCUUUCGCUCUACUCCGUGCAAAAAGUGGUCAGUUUAAUGGAUUUUGCGCCCGGAUCUGCUGCCGUUUUAUUCCUCGAAGAAGUCCGACUUUUAAUGAAACAACAUGCUUUCAUCCGUACAAACGCCCCCAAAAUCAGCGAAUACAAGCCCCACAGCGACACUAAACUAACCCUCCCUACGUUCAAAAAAUUCAUUUACUUCCUUUUCGCCCCUACAUUUGUCUACAGGGAUGAAUACCCCCGGACCCGCACAAUACGUUGGCGUUUCGUUUUUUACAAUUUAGGGGAAGUUUUGAGCAUAAUUUGGCUGUUAAGCCUCGUUGUAGAGCGAUUCCUUGUACCCCCAUUCGAGGACAUUUGCAUCAGGAAAUACACUUUAAGCGAGAUUCUAAUUCCAGUGGUGGCAAACUCGUUCCCCGGAAUUCUAUUCAUGUUGUGUGGCUUUUACUCGGUUUUGCACUCGUUUCAAAAUGCUUUCGCUGAAAUGCUCACAUUCGGGGACCGAUUAUUUUACAAGGAGUGGUGGACCUCACGUUCGCUUUCGGAAUACUACCGGACAUGGAACGUAGUAGUGCACGAUUGGUUAUUUAUUUACAUCUACAAAGACGUUUACGAAAUGGUGAUUCCCAAGAACAAAAUGGCGGGAAAAUUGGCCGUUUUCCUAAUUUCAGCACUGAUGCAUGAAUGGAUUUUGACAAACGUUUUGAAAUUAUUCCUCCCAAUCCAAUUCAUACAAUUUUUCAUCGCGGGGGCCGUCCUAGCCCUAUUCAAUAUUCUAGACUUAUCAGUCGGCAAUUUAUUAGUCUGGUAUUUGAUGGUUUUUGGGUCGGGAAUGCAGGUUAAUUUGUACACACUUGAAUUUUUCGCACGCACAAACUGUCCUUUGGACACAAACGCGACGAUUGAUUUCUUCAAACCUAGAUUUAUCACGUGUGGUUGUGUGGAGUAGUUACAAUAAACGCUUAUUUUAUUAAAA